GCCACAAUGAUCAGUAAAAUAAUCGGUCAGAAGUAUGUGGCCAUUGCCAAAUCAUGGGUCCCAACUCUGGCUGUAUGGGGCACAGCUGGAGGCGUCGCUCUGGUCCACUUCACAGACUGGCGAUUGUUUUUAGAUUAUGUUCCCUACAUCAGCGGCAAAUUCAAGAGGGACGAGUAGUGGCACUCAGGUCAGUGCCGUUUUUUACACAAAGACUUAAGCAUUGAACAAGAACUGCUGCAGCUGGUCAGCAGGUCCAUGCCGGGCCACUGGAAGCUGUCAUCUUCAUCCUGCAGGUCAAGUCCGCAUUGAACUAUUCACCAUCAGCAUCCUCUUUAAAUGCACUGGAGUUUGACAUUUCAACUUUCCUCAACCCGUGACGGCAUGAAUGGAAGGAAUAUGAAAACAGAUGAUAGAUGGACUUUUGUUUUCUCGUCCUUCUUAGUCUGGGGUCAGGUAUUUAUUGUGCUCAUCGGUCCUCUGUGUGCUGUUAAUCAAACCUGAUUGACAAAUGGAAAAAUCUGUAUUUCAUGUCAUGCUGUAAUUGUCUGGAAGAGAAGAAGUAAAGUAUGUAAAAUUUA